CUUCAGACCAACUUCUGGCCGAGCCAAUUUGCGGCCACGAACAUCGCCAUCAUCGCAAAUUUACUCUCUGGCGCCCAUAGUGUGUACAUACGUCGCUAUAUGCCCUGCGCAGUCGCGCAUUCUUUCUUAUCUAUUCAACCGCCAUUUUGACGCCAACAAAAGUGCGCAUCCUCUACCCGAGGAGAGAAUGACAGAAAGAAUCACCGACCAGCAGGUCGCCGACCUCGUUGCCCUGCUACGCACCGACGCAUCGAUCGACGUCAAGGUUCAACAUGUCACUGCUGCCAAGUCGUGCAUCAAGCAGCAGACUGUUCCCGAGUCCUGUAUAGUGCCGCUGUUCGAAGCUCUCCGCACAGCGUCUAGUUCUCAGAAUUCCAUCCUCGUCAAUGCCGGCUUCAGCGCGCUUAAUCACCUCUUCACCCGGCUUGGCCGGCAAGAUCCCAAGGCGCUGGCCAGGGAGGGCGUCCGCACACUACCGCUUAUUGUCGAGAAGCUGGGAGACCAAAAAGAAAAGUUCCGCCAGCUGGCUCAGCAAGCCCUGGUCACCCUCUAUAAAGUGGCGCCGGUGGAGGUUGAGCGCUCUGUGCGCAACAUCGCUAUGGUUGGCAAGAACCCGAGGGCAAAAGAGGCCAGUCUGCACUGGCUCCUCCAGAUGCACCAGGAACACGGCCUUCAGUUCCGAGCCUACGUUCCGACCCUGAUGGAAUUGCUUGAGGAUGCGGACGGCAUGGUGCGUGACGUAGCCAAGUCAACAGUCAUUGACUUGUUCAGGAACGCACCCGGCCCCGCAAAGUCCGACUUGAAGAAGCAACUGAAGAACUUCAAAGUCCGCCCGGCUAUCGAGUCGGCCAUCGUCAAAGAGCUCAACCCCACAAGCUCUGCUCCAGCCUCGCAGAUCGAUAGCCAGGACGACCCCGCGCCUUCGCGCCCGAACCUUGCCGCGAGCAUGUCCUCUCUUGCUCAGCGCCCAGUGACACCCGGGCUUCCAGACAGCUCCCCGGAAACCGUCGAACCGUUCUACGUCAACACAUCGCGCGAGCUAGACGAGAUCCUGAGGGAGAUGAAUCUUCACUUUGAGGGCAAGGAGACAGAGCAAAACUGGAUGAAACGGGAAGAGAGCAUCACGAAACUUCGGAGGAUGAUAGCUGGCAAUGCUGCGACCGACUUUCACGACCAAUUUCUCGCCGGUCUUCGUGCGCUUCUCGACGGCAUGGUCAAGGCCGUUGUCUCGCUGAGGACCAGCCUCUCUAAGGAGGGUUGCAGCUUGGUCCAGGACAUUGCGAAUGCCUACGGCCCAGCCAUGGAUCCCAUGGUCGAGAUUCUCAUGCAAACUUUCAUCAAGCUCGCCGCCGGGACCAAGAAGAUCACCGCUUCACUGGCAAACACCACGGUCGAUACCAUCAUCUCCAGAGUAACCUACACGAAUCGAAUCAUGCAGCAUGUCUGGAAUGCUUGCCAGGACAAGAACGUUCAACCGCGCCUCUAUGCCACCGGGUGGCUGGAAACGCUGCUCAAGAAGGAAGCCCAUCAUAAGAGCCACGUAGAGCACACGGGCGGCCUAGAUCUGAUUGAGAAGUGCAUCAAGAAAGGUCUCGCCGAUGCCAAUCCAGGUGUGAGAGCCAAGAUGCGUGCGACGUACUGGACCUUUGCGGGCAUUUGGCCCGCCAAGGCCGAAGCUAUCAUGAGCGGGCUCGACGCGACCGCAGCAAAGCUGCUGCAAAACGAUCCCAACAACCCCAAAUCGCCUAAGAAGCCAGAGGGGGGCGCCCGGCCCGGCCUGGGCCUGUCCAAGAGCGCCAUGGGCACUUCGAAGCAGAGCUUGCGGGACACCAUGGCAGCACAGCGGCGUGCGAUGACGGCCAAGGCUCUACCAGCUCGUCCAGGUUCGGCAAUGUCGCACUUCUCAACCCCCGUCGGGACCGUAUCCGGUUCGUCACAGCAGCCGGCAGCAACCGCCACGGCGCGCACACGACCCGAGUCAGCCAUACUAGGCUCCUCCGCGGGAGGGAUCUCUGGUGCUCCCAUGAGACCUGGGAAGAAGAGACCGGAAAUGGCUGCCCGACCAGCCACUGCGGGACCUUACUCGGUUCGGAGUCAUGACCAGCCCUCGACUGAGCAAUCCAGUCCUCCGAGUAACCCAAAGCCGAAGGCAGUCACACCGAAAUCCAUCGCCUCGUCACCGAAACGGACGGCCCCUAAAAUGGUUCGCCCGGCUCAGCUGACAUCUCCGGGCGAGACAAAGCUUCCAACACCAGUCAGGGCGGGAACUCCAAAGAACUUUGGCUCUCCCCGAAGCACUCCUUCACGGAUUGUGCAGCCACCCAUUCUCUCGCCGUCAAGCAGCCCCUCAAAGGGGCAUGAGGAUUUCAGCUUGGUCGUGCCCAACGUGACAGUUGGGGGACCACCUCCCGGCGAGGAACAGCUUCAGGCGCAUCAUACUGAGGACCAACAAGACAUGAACAUCAUAAGCCGGCCCACCACGCCGUCGAAAGUUCCUGACCUCUCUCCGGCUGGAUUGGCGAGCCCGGUACAGCUUAAUGGGCCUACCCCAAAGAUUGCGAGCCCUGUGGUAACAUCUCAGGCUGCCGAAGAUGCCGUACCAGCUUCGCCCAGUCCUUUGCAUUCUUUGGAAGUCUACGAAGAUCCCGCUGAAAGGGAGCAGGAGGCUGAGCCGAAGCCCAUCAUUGAGCCCGUGCUGGGACAUAGGCCAGUGAACGAGGAUGCGGCAAUUCUCCAGCAAGCCGCACAACAACAGCAACAGGAACAGGAACAGCACGAUCCCCAACAACAACAACAACAACAGAGCGGCGAGCCCUACGGGGUAACCCCCCCUCCAGAGAAGCUCAAACAGAACUUGCGCCUGCUGGAUAGCGGCAUCUCCAAGGUCCAACAAAAGUCCCUCGACGUCCACGGCCUCCGCAAACUCCAAGCUAUCAUUCGCGACAGCGACGCCAAAUCAGCCACCGGCAGCACCUCUCUGCUCACAGACGAUAGGUUCGAUGCCCUAGUCAAGGGACUCUUCGACUUUCUCGAGUCGCCCCUGAGCCACAUACCGGCGGAGAAGGUCCAGGACGUCAAGGGGCAGGUGGUUGCAACUAUCAACCUGCUGCUGAGGCGCAUGCGGGCCUCCUUCCAGCCGCACGUGUCGCGCAGCCUCGAGAGCCUCGUGCGGGCGAGGGCCGCGUACGAGGGCCGCACGCACCUCGUCAGCGCACUGGAACUGCUCGCCGCCGACCUCGCCGCCCUCGGCGACGCGAGCGAGAUCGUGCUGGUGCUGUGCCGCAUGCUGGGCGCCGCCAUGGACGCCGACGCGGACCCCGAUACGCCCGAGGCCGCGGGCAGGUCGCUGAGCAUGGGCCUGCACGUUCUCCGGAAGAUGAUGGAGCAGCGCGGUGCCGGGUUCGUCCCGAGCGAUGCCGAGCUAGAGGAGCUGGCGGGCCUGGCGGGCAGAUGCCUCGAGAGGACGGAGACGGCGGUGCGCAUGGACGCGGUGCACUUGUGUGUCGCGCUCCACGCGCGGGUGGGUGCCGCUCGGUUCUGGGAGGCUGUCAAAGGGGUGAAUGAGGGUCCCAAGAACCUGAUAACGUAUUAUAUCGCGAGGGAGCAGAGGGAGGGCGGGGCGGGUGUUGUCAGGCCGGUGGUGUGAAAAGCCGUUUUUAUUAGGGGAGGGGAGCGACGUGGUCGAUGUCGACCUCGUUCUCUGUUUCUGUUCGCGGUUGCGCUGCUAACGAUCGUUUCUGUUGACUCGUGUCUCCGCUGGUUGGAGUCUUUUCUCUCUUGUUCCUAUUGUCACGACUCUAGGGAUCAGGGCGGAUGGGAAAGCGGGAAGACGGAGCGCGGCGUCUUGGGUGAUGGUUACUUUUUUUUUUUUUUUUUUUUUUACUGGCGAUUGGGCUGAUCGCCAAGGGUUUGUGAGGAGUUGGGGCACUCUGAAUUUGCAUCGUGGCACUGUUUAGCUGGAGAUUUGAUAUGAUUU